GGGUAAUUAAUUAAGAGAGAGAUAAAGAUAGAGAAAAGAAGAAGUUAUGGGAUACUUCUUGAUAGGUUUUCUUGUGGUUAUCUUGUCCUUGGGAAAUGUCAUUGAAGAAGCAAAUGGUGAAAUACCUCGAACCAUUUUGGGCAAAAUAGAGAAGAUGAAUCAAAAGGGUCCUUAUUUGGGGAUUGUUGCUCCAAACAACUUUGAGCUUAACCCUCUUCUCGAAUCUCAAUCCUAUGUACCAUUUUCUUCUUUGCCUUUCAUCGAUUUCGCAGGUCGAAAAUUCCGUUUUGGAAAAUUAGCAGGUCAACCUGUGGUGAUCGUAAUGUCAGGGUUAGGAAUGGUGAAUGCAGGAGUAACAACACAAUUACUAGUGAGCCUGUUUAAGCUGAAAGGAGUUUUGCAUUAUGGAAUCGCUGGAAAUGCAGAUGUAAACCUUGAGAUCGGUGACGUUACUAUUCCUCAAUAUUGGGCACACUCUGGCCUUUGGAAUUGGCAGAGGUAUGGAGAUGGGAUAGACAACGAACUGGCUCUUGAAUCUGGUGGAGACUAUACUAGGGAUGUUGGUUAUCUCCAGUUUUCUAAAUACAGUAACCGAACGGAUAACUUGCUUAAUCGGAUUUGGUACCAACCGGAAGAGAUCUUUCCGGUCACCGGAAUUCCUGAAGAGCGGCAACAUGUGUUUUGGAUUCCCGUUGACAAGUACUAUUUGAAUCUUGCACGCAAACUCGAGGACACGAAGCUACCGCAGUGCGUGAACACUACUUGCCUCCCUCGACCACCGAAGGUAACCAUCGUUGACCGUGGUAUGAGUGCAAGCGUCUUCGUGGACAACGCUGCUUACCGGACUUUCCUCAACUCCAGGUUUAACGCCACCGCCGUAGAAAUGGAGAGCGCAGCCGUGGCUCUCGUUUCCCACCAGCAAAACCUCCCUUUCAUCGUCAUCCGUGCACUCUCCGAUCUCGCUGGUGGUGGCUCCGACGUGUCUAACGAGGCCAACAUAUUCAGUAGCCUCGCCGCAGAAAACUCCGUAGAUAUUCUCGUUAAGUUCGUUGCUUUGUUGCCUCUACACGAAAGCAUGGUUCAAUCAGAGUGAUAAGUGUGGAGUAAGAGCAUGUAACGAGGGACAAAAUAAUGUAUUAUGUAAAAGACACAAUUAGAUAUAUGUGUCUGAACCAAAUAAUGUCGUUCUUCUUAAUUAAUAAAAAAAAAUCUGUUUUUUCUGUUAA